UGCCAGCCAGCCAGCUCUCUCUCUCUCUCCAAAGGGCGCACGCUUUGGGGGCUCGGGCGCCUCGUCUUGGGGGUCCCCAUGGCCGGUCGCCGGGCCGUACCCCCUUCGCUGUGGUCCGGCCACGAGCGUCUCCGCAUCGGCGAGCGUCUCCAAGCCAGCCUGGCUGGACUUUGGGAAUUGGAUCUUUUGCGCGUCAUGCAGAAAGCCAACGUGGAAAGCGCCUUGGCUGGGGCGGAGGAGCCCCGAUCGGAGGACCCCAAUGGCUUCGGAGAUGAAAAGUUGAUGCAUCACAACGGCGCAAAGUUGGAGCAGAACAAAGCAGGUUCCAUCCUCGGAGGCGGCGAGGGACGCUGUGGCUUGUACGCCUCGUCGGAGAACAUGGAGUUGUGUGUUCACGCUGAAGAUGGUGCGGACAAGGAAGGUUUGGGGCUGAGGAUGAUGGGCGAGGAGUCCAAGAAAGCGGGCCUCAACGGAGGAGACGCCACGGAAAUGCCGGAAACUGAUUCCAGACCCAGUUCAGGGUUCUACGAAACCAGCGAGAUGGGUUCCCUCUCGGAUUCAUGUGCCUCGGUGCACAGCGACGGACCGGGGGCCUCGCGGUGUAGCAUCGGUUCCCUCCCUCACCUGCCCGGAUUGCGCGAGAACGGCUUCAUCCGGCCGCGGUCCACGGACGAAGCUGCAGUCCGGCUCCUCGACCUCCAACUUCAGCGCCUGACCUUGGCGAGGGUAGGCGGGACUGACAACCGACGUCCGGUAUCCACUGGUGACCUCGAGUUCCUGUUGGGCCUUGGCUCCCUGCCCCUCCCGAGACCCCCGAAUUUCCUACGAUACAAGUCCGAUCUGGUCUCCCGAAACACCAACGAAGUCUACCACUACCCCAGUCCUCUCCAUGCGGUAGCUUUACAGAGCCCUCUCUUCACCAAUGGCCUUUCUCAAAGCUCGUCCCAGGAAGAUCUCGACGAGACGCCUCCGAAGGUACCCAGAUCCGACUCUCCCAAGAGAGAUCCCCUCUGCUCCGGAGAACUCCCGAAGAUCCGCUUGGAUCAAUACGUGGCAAAAUUGGUGCUACGGUACAAGUGCCGCACGGCAGCGAGUCGAACCGAAUCGGGAUACCUCACGGGGAACCAGAAAAGUUUAUCCAUGACAUCCAUCUGCAGUUCGGGACCAGUAACUGGUCAAGUCCUGGGUCCGAUUCCAGGAUGGAAGAUACGACGGCGUAUCUCCACUUGUUCUCACUUGCGUUCUCCCGAAGGUUCAGAGGGAGCACGAGAUUCCCGGGUCCUGGACGGGUUGUGGGACUUCCCACCGUUCCCAGAGAUCAACUCGUUUCAGUCGAGUACCACUAACCUGGUUAAACCUAGCGAGUCAUCUGUUAUGUCCCUCCCAACGCCGCAGGAUCCUUCUGUCAAACUCAUCCUGAACAAGCCAUCUGCCACGCCGGAUAGAAAAAUUUGGGCAGCAGGGCCCCACCAACUGAUAAUCAAGACCGAGUCCUCUUUGAGAAAGGAGACGUCGUUGCCUCGAGCCAUGACUGGCAUUGACAAGCUGUACAAAGGCAAACAUGCUUCGCGGGAGUUGGUGAAAACUUCUGAGCGAGGCGAGAAGGCAGCCGAGAGAAGUUGGUUGAGUCCCCGUGAGCUGCUACGCAGAUUAAGUCUCCGGCGCAAACCAUCAUCCCGCGGGGUGGGCAGGGCCCGAGCCAGUUCAGAAAUGAAUGUUCACGCGGCUGCGGGGCUGGUGUGUCCCAGCCAACUUCAAACCAACCGAGGUAAGGCGACCAAGCCGAAAUGGACGUCGGUGCUGGAAAUUUCCAGCAAGUCCUCCGGACGCCAUCGCGCGAAAGCAGGGACGUUCCUGCCGCCGGUGGUUUUGAACCGCAACCUUGCCUUUUCCUCCGAUGCGCCAGCAACCUUCUGCUUCCCGGAGGAAGUUCAUUUUGAUCUGCCGUCUCGGCAGCGGGCCAGACAUCCGGGCAACGGGUCCAGGCUAAGCGAGGUGGAAGCGACCAGCGCAGUCAGCCUGAACGGAGAUUGGAUGUUCCACCAACUCGGAGACCAAUGGCUGCACGGUUCCGCCACAUUGGAUUCGUCCGACCUGCCGCCUCACAACUUUAAGCUCCGACGCAGCCGUUCUUUCAAAGAACUGAAGAAGAUUGUGUCUCGCUCCUUCAAGAGUUCCCGAACUGCCAAAUACUAGAGAGAGAGAGAGAAAUGUGGACAUUCCUUUGGGACGUGCGUAAAAGAUAAAAUCAUGUCUGAAUGCGUUGUGGGUGGGUGGGGAGGCGGUUUGGUUUUUGUCGUGGUCGUGUUGCAAACGUUUCUUGCAUCGUUUGGACGACGAGACGGCCUCCUGCACGUUGCCAUUCUUCCACAUUUGCAAGGUCCUGAUUUCGGCCGAGGUUGUCCUGAAUUCAAAUAAUUCAACCUCUCAAGACGUGGGAUACCGACGGGCCCGCACGCAAACCAAAGCUGAACUUGAACUCGAGAUCUCCCUCGAAAACCUCGAGAUUGUUUUCUAUCAGCUCCAGCUCCUCCUCCACUUUUGAACUGGCUCUCUUAAUUUUGCAGCCAGGAGCGUAGAAGGGAUCAAAGAAUAGUCACAUUUGGUUGAAGUCUGCUUCUGAUCCUUGGUUGUUUCGAUAAUCAGGGACCAAACCACAACAAUGUGUAGAUCUCUAUUAUUUGCCACGGGUGAGUCAUGCUGGCUAGUCUACGCUGGAUCAGUGGAUGCCAAGUGCUGUUUUGGGUUCUUCAUACACACUAAUAAAACCAAAAAUACGUUGCAUUUCCAAGAACGUUGGAUAGGUUGGA